AUGAUGAACUUGUCACCUCUUGCGCUAGCGCAUUGUCUUGUGCUUCAAUGUUCGUAUUAUUUCGAUAUAUUCAUAUCUGUUUCUUUUGGACAUUUCUCUUUUCUUUUUUAAGACUAUAUAUGUAAUUUUCAACAUUUAUCCAUCUAAAUAUAAGUUUAGCAUGUGUACUGUUAGUAUAAACUUUAAUUUACAAUAGUAUUUGUAAAAAAAAAAUAUAAUACUGAAAUGUUGAAUAUUUUUAGUUAUUUUAUAUCUUUUAUAUGCUUCUCUAAUUCAAACAAAAUAAAUGUUAGAUACAGUUUAGAAUGGGUUAACCUGGGGUCUCUAGAUGUGUUGGGGAUGUAUGCUAUAUUAAAUUUAUAGUGACAAACAUACUAGUCCUCAACUUUGCAUGGAAUAUAUGUAUUCCUUGAUUUUCCUUCCUUGAAAAUUAGAUUAUUCAUUUGUCUUGCCCUUUUUUUUCUUUGUCUUUGUAAGGAUCCGUGUUAUAGAAAAUGAGUGCAAUUCUAGACUGCUACUUGCUCCUUCAAGCUCUCUCUUCAUAUCCUUGUUUUGUUUAAUGCGAUUCACACAUUGCAAUUGUAUUUUAGUAACCAAUGCUGCAAGUUUUCCGUUAAUGAGUAGAGCAAGAGACAUCAUAGGAGGAAUAAGUCACUUUAUCCAUUAGAGAUCCAUGGAUAUCUAUUAAGGCUGGGUUACGAUGUUGAGUUCCACUGUGCUGCUUGACUUGCCUUGUGUUAUUGAGAAUUGGCAUGUGUUAGUUUGACAAGUCUCAUAUAGUCCCACAUUAGGAAAAUCAAGUUUGGUAUCUCGGCCUGGGCUUUGAAGUCAGAUGCACCACAAGAAAAACCUAAGUGUUUUCUUUGGGUUUAAGUCCACACUCAGUUAAAUAGUUUGGGCUUAUAGUAUGGGUUUUUCUUGUUUAAUAGAUUCGGGCGUUUUAUGGCCUAGGAACAUCUUCCUAAGGCAUUUGUAAUAGUUCAUCUUUUAUAGUAGUGAUUUGCUCCUCUUUCAUCCGUGGAUGUAGGUCAAUUGAUCGAACCACGUAAAUAUAGUGUUCUUGUCGCUUUUAUUUUUUCCGCUUUAUUAUCUUUGUUGGGUUGCCAAAAUUACCCUUUGAUAAAUUUCCUGAGGCUAGCUCUGACAAACUGGUAUCAGAGCCUGGUUUCAAGAUCUUUUGACAACGAUGACAAUAACAAAGAUUGUUGUCGAGAAAUUCGACAGAAAUGUCAACUUCGGCAUUUGGCAACUCAAGAUGGAGGCCAUUCUGGUUCAAGACAGAGUUGAUUUGGCACUACAAGAAGCUGAGAACAUUCCAGAUGGUACAUCAAAGGAAGAUCUUGCGGGUAUGGAUAAGAAGACCCGAUCAAGCAUUAUUCUAAAUCUCUCUGACGAGGUUUUACGGGAGGUAGCUACGGGGACUACGGCUAAGAGCAUGUGGGAUAAACUUAAAGCCUUGUAUAUGCUUCGGAUGUGUCCUAAUAGAGAUUUGUUUUCCACAUAUGAAUCUUGUAAUGGUGGAAUUGUUUUGAUGGGCAAUAAUGCAGCAUGUGAUGUUAUUGGUAGAGGAACAAUCCGAAUUAAAAUGCAUGAUGGUAUUGUGAGGACGCUCACUAAUGUUAGACAUAUUCCUGAUUUAAAAAAGAAUCUUAUCUCUUUAGGCACCCUAGAGGCUCUUGGGUGUAAAUACACAACUGAAGGUGGAGUUAUGAAAGUUUUUAGAAGUGCCCUUGUUGUUAUGAAAGCUUGUAGGUCUGGUAGCUUAUAUAUUUUGCAGGGGACUAAUGUCACAGGCUCAGUUGCAGUCUCGCCAUCAUCAUUGUCUGAUUCUGACAUCAUCAAAUUAUGGCAUAUGCGUUUGGGUUAUAUGAGCGAAAAAUGUUUGAGCAUAUUGAGUAAAAGGGGUCUACUUUGCGGACAGAGUACUGAGCCACUAGAUUUCAGUAAACAUUGCAUUUUUGGAAAGUAGAAAAGAGUCAGCUUCAAUUCUCUAGCAGUUCACAAAACGAAAGGUACUCUUGACUAUAUUCAUUCAGACCUUUGGGGUCCAGCUCAUGUUCAGUCUAAGGGUGGUGCCAGGUAUUUGUUGACUUUCAUUGACGAUUAUUCUAGGAAAGUUUGGGUUUAUUUUUUGAAGCAAAAAAAUGAUGUUUUUCUAACCUUUAAGCAUAUUGAGCAAAAGGGGUCUACUUUGCGGACAGAAUACUGGGCCACUAGAUUUCAGUGAACAGUGCAGUUUUGGAAAGCAAAAAAGAGUCAGCUUCAAUUCUCCGGCAGUUCACAAAACGAAAUGUACUCUUGACUAUAUUCAUUCAGACCUUUGGGGUCCAGCUCAUGUUCAGUUUAAGGGUGGUACCAUGUAUAUGUUGACUUUCAUUGACGAUUAUUCUAGGAAAGUUUGGGUUUAUUUUUUGAAACAAAAAAAUGUUAUUUUUCUAACCUUUAAACAAUUGAAGGCUUUGAUUGAGAAGCAAACAAGUAAACAGAUUAAGCAGCUUCAAACAGAUAAUGACAUAGAAUUUUGUGAAGGUGACUUUGAUGAAUUCUGUAAAAAUGAAGGAAUUGUUCGGUAUCACACUGUUAGGAUGACGCCUCAACAAAAUGGUGUGGCCGAACGUAUGAACAUAACACUCUUAGAUAGAACAAGGUGUAUGAUCUCAAAUGCAGGGUUGACAAAGGACUUUUGGGCAGAGGCGAUUAAUAUGGCCUGUUACAUUGUCAAUCGCGCUCCUUCUGCAGCACUUAACUUUAAAAGUCCAGAGGAAGUUUGGUCAGGUACUCCUGCUGAUUACUCUGAUUUAAAAAUUUUUGGGUGUCCAGCAUACAUGCAUGUAAAUGAAGGAAAAUUAGAGCCUCGAGCGAAAAAGUGCAUUUUCCUUGGGUAUGCUUUUGGGGUGAAAGGAUACAGAUUAUGGUGUUCUAAUCCCAAAUCCCCAAAAUUUGUAAUCAGUAGAGAUGUUAUUUUUGAUGAAUUAUCUAUGUUAUCUUCUAAAGAAGAAUCUACUAGUUGUACAAAUGAUAGUGCGCAGAAGCAAGUGGAGCUUGAGAUUGGUAGUUCUAAUUCUUUUCAGUCUAACUCUUCUACUCAAAGAAUACCAGUAGAUAGUCCUGAGUCUACUGACGAAGUUGAUCAAGGGGAAGAGCAAUAUUCUAUAGCCAAGGAUAGAUCACGGAGAAAUAUUCGACCACCACAAAGAUAUGCAAAUUUGGUUGCAUAUGCUUUGUCUGUUGCUGAAGAAACAAGUGAAGUUGGUGAGCCUACUUCCUACUCAGAUACAGUUUCUUGUGAUAAUUCCACUAAGUGGUUGAUCGCGAUGAAUGAAGAAAUUGAAUCGCUCAAUCAGAAUAGAAUUUGGGAUCUUGUGAAGCCGCCUUCGGGUAAGAAAAUUCAUACGAAAGACAAUCCAGCUGAUAUGUUUACGAAACCUCUUCCGGUUUACAAGUUCAAGCAGUGCUUGGACUUGGUUGGUGUUCAUUGUUGGUGAUUGCCCGUUGGGGCUUUUGUGAAGAAGGUGGAACAAGGUUUGUUGGGACAUGCUAAGGUGGAGAUUUGUUAGUUUAACAAGUCCCAUAUAGUCCCACAUCAAGAAAAUCAAGUUUGGUAUCUCCUGUUUAAACUAUAAAUAAGGGCCUGAGCUUUGAAGUCAGAUGCACCACAAGAAAAACCUAAGUGUUUGCUUUGUGUUUAAGUCCACACUCAGUUAAAUAGUUUGGGCUUAUAGUUUGGGUUUUUCUUGUUUAAUAGAUUUGGGUGUUUUAUGGCCUAGGAACACCUUCCUGAGGCAUUUGUAAUAGUCCAUCUUUUAUAGUAGUGAUUUGCUCCUCUUUCGUCCGUGGAUGUAGGUCAAUUGAUCGAACCACGUAAAUAUAGUGUUCUUAUCGCUUUUAUUUUUUCCGCUUUAUUGUCUUUGUUGGGUUGCCAAAAUUAUUCUUUGGUAAAUUUUCUGGGACUAGCUCUAACAGCAUGAACUUGCCUUGGACAGGGACAACCAAUGGGCAUUGAUUUAUCUUCUUGGUCAUUUUCUGAGGAGUAUUUCUAUCAAACUAGCUGAUUCAUCAAAAAUAUCUUGGCAAUAAGGAUUAUGUGCAAAUCGAUUGUGUUUGUUGAUUGCUUUUCUGUCAGGCAAAUUUUCAUUUGGUCAAGUUUUAUCUAAAUGAUGGAAAUAGGAAAGAUAUCUAGAGUAGAAGCAGAGUUUCAAUAAAAGAUGAGCCGACCACAUGAUGGACAGCGGAUCUUUUUCCACUUUGGAAAUCCUUUCCGGGUUACUGCUCACAAGGGUUCAUCAAGGUUUCUUGCCUUACUGAGUUCUUUUGAGCAAAACCUUGCAGAAAACAUGAGAAAACUUCGGCCUAAGGAAAUCUCAGAUGUGUUUUCUUUGUCUUGGACAAGACACGCUAUUAAAUCCAUAUCAGAGGUCCACACUAACAUUAAGACAUUAAUAAUGGAACUUCAAUUCCCUGUUUCUGAUUGGGAUGAGAAUUGGAUUGAUAUGUACUUGGACAGCAGCGUGAAGGUGCUUGACAUUUGCAAUGCAUUGAGCGCUGAGCUUACCCGACUUGAUCAAAGCAAUCUUUUGCUUCGAUAUGUGCUGCAUAUCUUGGACAUCUCAACUAGUGUUCCUUCAUCUGAACAAUUGAGGAGAGCCCAUGUAUCACUUGAUGAUUGGCUAAAACAGACAAACUCUACAAGUCACAAGCUAGAAAGUUGUCAUGCCAUCUUGCAGACUCUUCAAGUCACUCUUUGUUUGUCAAAGGUCAAAAAUUCUGCCAAAGGGAGGGUGCUAAUGAGAGCCCUCUAUGGAGUCGAGGUCAUGACCCUAUUCACCUGCAGUGUCGUUGCAGCACUACUGACGGGUUGCUCAAAGCCCUUGAUGGACAUGCAUGUAGCUGAUGGGUUCUUAUGGCUAGAAGCGUUUAACGAUUUGCAAUCUUUGUUGAAUCAGGAAAUUAGGAGUCAGUUGCAGAGUGGAAAAGUUAGGAUAUUGAAAGAGAUGGAAGCACUCAAAAUGAAUGCACUGAUGUUCCAUUCUUUAACAAAUGGAAUUGACUACAAGGAAGAACCGAGACAGCCGAGCAUUGACCUUGACAAAGACAAGUUGAACACACCAAGAGAGUCCUAUAAAGAAGAACCAGCACAGCUAAGCAUUGACCUUAACAAGGAUGAAAUGGACACACCAAGAAACGAUGCUGACUCCCAAGGUAGGCAAAGGUUGCAAGAAUGCAUGAGAGCUUUGACAGAUGGAGGGAAGGUAUUUGGCCAUGAGCUAGAUUCCCUCUCACAACAAGUCAAUGACUUAUUUCAGGUUUUACUAACUGGACGCGAUGCUUUACUUUGUAAUCUCAGAACAUCUAGCAUGACAAAAAACAGCAAACUUGAUGUGGUGAGGCUGUAACCUGGAUUACUCUAUGAAUUCCAAUGUCAUGAUUGUGUUUCCCAGUGUAUAAAAAUGUGACUGGAUAAUAUUAUGUGCAUGGUUAAGUAUCAAAGUCUAUGGCUCAGGUGUAUAAACGUAUCCAAAGCUGUAUUUUAGGAAGUCAUAAAGCUGCAACCUGUUCAAUGCACAUCUGCCCCAUCUGUUCAAAUUCUUUACAACUAUCUGGUGCUACAAGCACAUUCAAUAGAUAUUGGCAAGAAGUACUCUACUGCAGAAAACAUAUGCUUAUUUAAAUUGAUUGGCAGGAGAGAGAGAUAUAUAUAUGUGAAUCCAAAUUGGGUGGCCAUGAUUGUUGUUGUGACAUCCUAGUAAGUAAAAAAUUCAUCCCAUCUAUUCUUUUGUGUUUUAAAUUGUGUGUGAUUCUUAGUUAACCAAAGAGAUGUGAAUUAUAUAUACCUUUGACAAUUUCUUUAGAAUUCUAAAAGCUGUUAGAGGUCAUGGGAAACCAUAAUCAACAAGCUUAUGCAAUCGAUAUCUAAUUUGGUUUUAAGUUUUGAUGAACAGCCAUGCACAGUUUACCAGUUGCAGAAACCAUGGGAAACUGGUAAAAAAGGCUGUCUGUAGAAGAGGCACAAAACAACCAUUAAUCUAUACACCAACAGCAUCAAAUUAGUAUCAUAAUAAUCCCUGAAGAGUGUGACUUUCGCUUAUUGCGUCCUGAAAGCAAAUAUUUGCAUUUUAUUACUGAAAUGUUUACUAAUUCUUUCUCAACAUGCAGCUGAGCUGUAAAAAUGAGUAGUUGAUGUCAGAAACACAGUUUCUGUGUGCUGCUGCAGGCUAAGAGUUGUUAUUUCAAAGAAAGGCAUGAGUUUGAUCUCCCCAUUUGCAAAAGCUAAGAUUUGUUUAUUCUCUUCAAGCUAAAGGAGGGGGAAUAUAUUGCAACACUCUUAGUAUAUGGAAAAGAGGAUGAUCAAAGCAUUGAGGUUAUGUCCAUUGCUCCAAGUGGGGAGGGGAACAUGGACACCAUGGUGCAGAAUGCAGUGUGCAGCUUCCAGUCUGUCUGGAUUCCCUGCCAUGAACCGAAGAACUCGAUCUCUCCACCGAAACCAGAACUUCUUUGUUCUCUAAGGGCCGGGGACUAGCUCUUUCCUUCAUAGGUCCAUGUGAUCUCAAUAGAUGGACCUCAUUUAAAACUACAGAGCUUUAUUGUCCAACCAAAGGAACAACAACAUGCACUUUGAGAAAGUGAAGAUACUCUCUGUGGCUGCAAUGAGGUUGUCCAGGGGACUGCAGGAAGAAACACCCUCAUGGAAUCUCAGUAGAUAUCACAUGAGGCCGUAGAGCUGGCAUGCAUGGUGCCCCCAUGAGACUUGUAUGAUUCACAAGGAAAUUGUCACACCUGGGUGUAAAGUGAGGCUUUAAUGACACCACCUCCUCAGAUCCUCUCUCCUCUCAGCAACUUAUAUUGCCCAGGGACUCGAUCUGUCAAAGUUGUGUAGGACAAUCAUGGAUUGUUGUGGUAACUUUCUAGGUCACUGAUUUAAAGCUGUAGGAUACUGUUCCAAUGGUGCAAGGAUCUUAAUUGCUAAGAGCAAUUACAGAGAAGGAGGCAGCGUCGGACGUCGCAGAAAUCUAAUGGAGGAGGGUAAAGGAUCCACCAUGAGGUGUGGCACACGAAAAUGGCCUUCGAUAUAGAAUGAGUUUUCGGCAAAGCUUCGCUGCUUCUGGAGUUCGUGGAUCAGCAUGCUCGAGUGGAAGAAGCACUUGGGAGUUCUUCUAUCCUUCAACAUGCCCAUAAUGUAGUCUUAUCAAGAAGCAUUGGUGGCGUACGUACAAAGGAUUCUUUCACCCCGCCACCUUUUCUUUUUUUUUUCCAUCUUAUCUUCUUCUUGUCCUCCAAUCCGAACUCGAAGCUUUGGUCUUCACCACCCCAUGAUGUGGUUGCAGAAUAACGCGUGGUGUUUGGCUUUACUACCAUAAAAGACCUCUCCAGUUUAGCUACAAUAAACUAAUCAGAUGCACUAAUUAUUGUGCUGCUU